AUGACACCCACGCGUGAUAACUCGACGCUGCUGCGUGAGCAGGAGGCUGAACGCGAGCGUCUGCGUAUGGACAAUUUCAACCAGGCAUUACGCAUUAAUUUCCUAGAGGAGCGUCUGCUGCGCAUGAAGCAGGGCACAGAUUUCGCCAGCGAGGAUCUCGAGAGCGAGCUUGCUCAGCUCCGUAUCACACUGGAAGAGCGUGACCACGAGCUACGGCAGCGAAACUUUAGUAUGAUUCGAGCCACUGAGGCAAUCGAUAUGCUCAACGCGCAGCUGCAUGAGGCCCAAGCGGCCGCCGCUAGAGCCCGAGAGGAGGCCCAAAGACAAGCAGAGGCUCAGAUGCACCUGCAUCUCGAAGAACGAGGUGGCGUAGACGCCGAAACAGCGCAAAAAUGGCGAGUGGAACUUGAUUCUGCGCUAGAAGCUGUGGCAACACUGAUGACCCAGUUACAGGAGUUAGAGGACGCUAGAACGCGAGAUCAGAGAGAAAUGGAGCUUCGGACCCAGAGAGAACAGCAGAACUUGCAGCAGGUCGAGAUGACCAACGUGAAGCUCUCGGCUGAAGCGGAACAUUGGAAAGCUGUGAGUAACCAGCGAGAAGAGCAACUUACAGCACUGCAGCUACAGGUAGAGACUAUGAGACAGGAGAAACAAGCACUGGAUGCUCGUUAUCAGGCCAAACUCAAGAGGAUGGAGGAACAGGUUCAACAUCAGAUGGAGCAGCUGCAACGUGAGAGUGAAAACUACCGAACCGAACACACGAGACUGCUGACGGACCGUGAGAAGACGCACUUUGACAAGGAACGUCUUGCCAUGGAGAAUGAGGGCAUCAAACAGGAGCGUAGUCGACUUCAGGCUGAGAUUGAGCGGAUGAGGAAGGAGAGACAGCAAGUGGCUGGGGAUUUGGAGCGUCUAUGUCUCCAGAAUGUGAAGUUAAGUGCCGCUUGUGAAGAGCAGACCAAGUCUCUGGAUAGCUUCAAGAAUGAGCGCGAAGCUGCUCUGGACACGAUUCACCAGCUUGAAUCGGAGCUGCAUCAGCGACGCAAGAUGGAAAAUGAACAGGAAUUGACAGCUAAGACACUGGAGAGUCGACUGGAACAUGCCGAAGCUGAGGCUCGUAGGAUGAAGGAACAGUGUGAUAUGGCAGAGUCUCGCUGCCAACAGACGGCGAAUGACCGGCUACUGGCGCUGGAGAAGGACCGCCAAGCUAUGGAAGAAGACAAUCGACGACUGCGUACCGAAUUGUCAGGUUUCCAGCUGGAUCUUGAAGCUAUGGAGCGUAAGGUCCAGGAGAGCGAAGAGAGAUUCUCGAACGAAGCCGCAAAUGCCCGGGAACAGCGUCAGCAUCUGUCCGCAUAUGAACUGGAACUGGAGAGGCAAUCUGUGCAACUGCAGGAGUAUCAGAAUCGACUGGCUGGAUGUGACGAUGAGUUGGCUCGACGAGCUGCUCGUGUACAGGAACUAGAGCAGCACUUAGCUGACGCAGUCUCAGUCAGUUCAUCGACAGCGUCUACAGCUCAACAGCAGCAGACAGAGUGGCAGAAUCAGUUUGCGAUGGAGAAAAAUACGCUGCUACGGCAGCUGGACGAAGAGCGUCGACGUGCAGACGAAGUGGAACAAAUGACAUCUUCGUUGAAAGAUGAGAGCUUGUCAGCACAGCGAGAGCUUGAGGCAGUGGCGAUGGAGCUCCGUUCGCUUCUGUCAAGCCGCAGCCGAGUGUAUAGUGACGGCCAGCAGUCUUUGUUGAGUCUUGUGCGAGAGACGAUUUCAGCGCUGAAAGAUGAGUUUAAAGCCGAAGCAUCAGCGCUACAAUCGCGCUGGAAGCAGCAAGCGUCUUUGGCGAACACAAAGCUUGAGCGCUUGUUGUCCCAGCUACGCGCCAGUCAAGCCAAGCUGGACGUCCUGCAACGCUCGUCUUUCCAUAUUAAAGACACCAGACAGUCCUUGGACAAGACAUGGUCUCUACGAUACGAAGAGUUGCGACUGGAGAAGGAAGAUGAACGACGAUCUCUUGAAGAAGAAAUCCACUAUUUCCGAACCAAAUCUGCAGAGGCUGAGCAGGCGCUUGCUCAGGCAUCAAAUGGCCUUGAAACACUGAAGCAAACUCAACAAAAGUCACGUGAAGAAUCGGACCGUGACUAUCAUGAUCUCAAGGAGAGCAAUCGUCUCUUGCAUGAAGAAGUGCAGGAGCGUCGACGAUCAGCUGAGCACGCUCGCAAGCAGUACAUGCGGGCGGUCCGAGAGAACAAGGAGUUGCUCAAGGCUAUUGAGAUGUACAAAGAUGCCAUCGCUGGGCGCGACAAGGACAUUGAGAAGUAUAAAGCUGCUCUGCUGAAGUACACUCAGCAGCUCCAGCGACGUGCUGAGUUCGGCGAGGUGAAGCAGACGCUGCUGGAGCAACUGGAGCAGACCCAAUACAUGAUUACAGAGACCUAUAAGCGAUGGGAGGACAGUCCCAUUGUCCGUGGUCCUGUGGUCGACAGGGAUACGAGCUACGAGGCGGCGAUUCUGCAGCUUGACGAGUACAUUGGCCGGAUGCAGUUGGUGUCGGAGCGGUGGGGCGAGUUCAUGACUCAGUCUCAAGAGCUGCAGCGACGAUAUGGCGACGCCUGGAAGUCAGCGUCUCGUGGUUUUGAACGGUCGAAGGACCGGCCUCGCUGGGUGGACGACGUCGAGCGGAAAUGCUCACGUCUUCUUACUGAAGCUGUGCGUGUCUCGGAGGCCAUGCGUGAUGUAGUCAACAACAUUGCUGGUGUGCUGCAGAAGGAGCGCGACGACAAGAAGCGCAUCGAGAAGGAGCGUGCACUAGCUGGAGACAAUAAUGCCUCCGUGAAGCAACGAGAACGAAACUCUUCUAAGUGGUCUUCACUUGACGCUGAUUUCUUCGAUGAGCACCGAGGUCGAAGUGCCAGCCAGCCGGUUGUGAAUGACUUGUAUCGCAACUCGUUGUCGUCAUUAGGACGCGUGGGCUUGAAGGUGCAAGACCUGGAGAAGGAGAUCCGAAAUGCUCGCGAUUGA